ACGAACCAGGAAAUAGUUCGGUAUGUCAUUUUAUCAGACGGCACAGAAGUAGCAGAAAGUCUUAUAGAAGGGUUUGUUUCGUAGUGGGUUUUUUUUUUGGUUUGGGAGAUAUUUAAAGUUAUUAUGGCGUCUCUGUUCAAGAAGAAGACGGUGGAUGAUGUUAUUAAGGAACAGAAUAAGGAACUGAGAGGAACACAGAGGCAGAUCACUCGAGACAGAGCUGCACUGGAAAAACAGGAAAAACAACUGGAGAUGGAGAUAAAGAAGAUGGCCAAAUCGGGGAACAAGGAGGCGUGUAAGAUCCUGGCCAAACAGCUGGUCCAACUGAGAAAGCAAAAGACCAGGACAUACGCCGUCAGCUCCAAAGUCACAUCCAUGUCCACUCAGACCAAACUCAUGAACUCUCAGAUGAAGAUGGCAGGAGCCAUGGGUACUACUGCUAAAACGAUGCAAGCAGUCAAUAAGAAGAUGGAUCCUCAGAAGACUUUACAGACAAUGCAGAACUUCCAGAAAGAAACAGCCAAGAUGGAGAUGACUGAAGAGAUGAUUAACGACACGCUGGACGACCUCUUCGAGGACUCGGGAGAUGAGGAAGAAUCUCAGGACAUCGUGAACCAGGUGCUGGAUGAGAUCGGCAUCGAGAUCACGGGAAAGAUGGCCCACGCUCCCGCUGCCAGCCGAAACAAACCCGCCGCCUCCACCUCCAAAGCAGAUGGGAUAUCGGACGAGGAGAUCGAGAGACAGCUAAAAGCUCUCGGAGUGGACUAACGGCGUGGACGUACCUCUCUGAUUUGCCUGGCAACACACACACACGCACACAUACACACUACUGAACUCUCAGCCUUGACAUUUGCAGUCACUUCAACAUGUCUACUUCUCGGGGAAAAAGUGUCACAACAGGAAAAUUCAGUCCCAUUGUCACGACGAGGCACUCUAACGACGAGCCAUUUGAAUUGUGCUAAAAGACAUAAUAAAAUAGCAUUUACAUUUUUAGCAACUGUUCAUAUAUAAAUAAAUACACACACACACACACACACACAUACAUACAGUUAUGGAUGCAUGCUUGCAUAUUCCUGGGUUUAUUCGCUGUUGUAAAAAAUCCAUUAAAUAUAUUGAAUGUAUAUCGGAACGCAUGAGAGGUUAAGAGCAAAUCAUAAAGCAAAAAAAAAAAAUCCUUUUACUUUCCCUGAAGUCUCUAGAGAGAUCUACCUCCAAGAACAGAAUAGCAGCACUCUACUUCGAGAGCGUCUUUCUUCUUUUAUACUUUCUUAGUUUUCACGUCUUUAUUUUUUACUCUUAUAAAAAAAAAAAAACACACACACGUCUCCGAUCCAGGCACAUCAGUAGCACAUCUUAUUUAAAACGACUUCCAAAAUCCCAGAUAUACAUAGUUGAGUGAUUUAUUCCUUUGCCGUGUCUCCCAGCUACCCAUCUGUCUGAUUGCUUUCACCGGAUUGAUUUUUUUUUUAACGGGGUUUCAGUCGAAUAACGACGAAUAAGAGCUAACGAAGCGUGAAAAUCAGCAGUAUGCAUGACCAAGUUAGAUAACUUCCUCGCUGUCACUCAUCUUUUUUUUUUUUUUUUCUUCUUCGUCUUCUUUUCGGCCAAAUCUUCACCACAGCUUCAUUAAAUAAGAACGAAGGACGAGACACGGCAUCUUUUAAACAGUCGAUGUCGCUCUCUUAAGUGCUGCUGUUCAUUAAGCUUGUUGUAGGAGUGCUGAGAAGAAGCCUUGGUAGAUUCCAGGCCAACGUCGAGGUCAGUUUGGAUGUGAAAAAUACAGCUUUUUAUUAUCUUAUUGAGAAGGAGUUGUAGGAUGAAGGAUCAAUAACCCUCAAUACCCCCUAAACACCCCCACGAGCCUGUUGUUUUGAGUCGCUAAAUUUAAUUCAAACGUUUAUCAUCGCCGAGCGCAGCCUCACAGCGAAGGUGGUUUAAUUAAAAUCAUAAUCUGCAAUGGGAUUUCAUUAACAACAGCUCUGUUUGAAUCUAAUUUUAAACCCGUGCCAGGCACAAUCCAUCGUGUCUUAAGACUCCUUCUAAUAGUCUUUAUAAAUGUGUAAAUAGUACAAGAUGAUUUAUUGUUCUCUCUCUCUCUUUUUUUUUUUUUAUUCAUAGCCAUAUUUAUCAGAAUUGUUACGGAAUACUGAGAUUUCUUCAACAGUUAUGGGAGUUUUUUUUUCUUGUUAACCACGAAUAAAGCACCUUUUUACCUA